CGCUUCAAAUUCAAACAAACAAAAUUUCUCGCGCUGUGCGGUUGCGAGCGGAGCGGACGAUUGGAAAAGCGGAAAACGGAGCGGUACUACGUUGCUCCUUCGCUUCGGAAAAACGCUGUCGCCAAUAAAAAAAAAAACACUGAGUGUCUAUUUGAAAAGAAAAACAACUAUUUGUGGAAAGAAAAAACAUCUAUAUGUAUGGAUUACUCCAUGUGCUAAUAAGAGAUAAAAUAAAGAAAUGAAGAAAAAACAACAACUAACCUCAUAAAAAAGUUCAUACAUUUGUCGCAAAAAAAAAAGAAAAAGUAAAGAAAAUGCAAAAAGUGUCAAAGAAGUGAAAAACAGCAACAACAACAACAACGACAAACGUCAAGAGAAUCUAAAAGAAGAAGCAGAAAAAGAAUCUGAAAAAAGAAAAGCCAAGCCAGAGGCAAAAAAGAGUUUAGCAGAGGCUCUCUCGCUCUUACAUAAACGGAAAAUAAUUCCUGAGAUUGCUCGCUCGCUCGUUCAGAGUCCGUAGGCGGAGGCGGAGGUGGAAAAGCAAAGAAAAGCGCUGCUAGGAAAAUUUUGCGGAUUUACAUUUUUUUCCUGCCAAUCCCCCCACACCCCCCCCCGCCGUGUGCUACGUGUGUGCCAAGGGAGGAGUUGGGAGUUAGUUGCUGAGAAGUCGGCAGCGUUUCUUUUGUGGAUUAUUACGCCCUCUCGCGCGCUCUCUCUCUCCUCGUCGCACUCGCACUCGGUCGGUAGCUGUUUGGGUUGGGAGUGCGAGCAGAGCAGCAAGCUACGGGACUCAUCACCUGCCUGCCACCCAUCACCACCCAUUUCUAUUACCCUACCCCUCCCCCGCCCCGCAGGUCGCCUUCUGACCAAUUUUGGAUGCUGUCUACGAACCGGGAAUGCGCAUAUCCAGAGCAGAAAUUGCGACUAUUUUGGAUUUAUAAAAAGUUUUGAAAAUGAACCAUUUGGCCCGAGGGCCGAGGCCCUGCGUCUCUCACACGAGUCAUACGAGGCUGACGGCCGCGGUUUGGACCAAGAACAGUAACUGUAACCUAAACGCUGGCAGCUCGCUCCUAGGCACUACUGGUAGUACUUUGGGCCGCCCGCGCAGUGCGGCCGCCCGAUCGUUCGCCUCUGCAUGGAGUCAAUGAGACGUAACGAGGCGAACACUAGCCACCACCCGAACAAGGUGGCCCUGAAUAGCAGCAACGUAGCAACGGAAAGCAAUAUUAAGAGUAAUAAAUUGUUAGCUAAUUUAAGUGCGGCAGGAGCAGCUUCAGCUACAGCUACAGCUACAACGGCAGCAUCGGCAGCUACAGCGACAACAGCGAAUCAAGCGCUGAAUUUCAAUAACAAAACGAAAACAACAACAACAACAACAGCAGCGACAGCGGCGGCGAAUAAUCAGAAGAGCAACCACAAUAACAACAACAACAACAACUCUAGUGCGACGAUCAAGAAGCACACAAACACAAAGGUAACUGGGACGGGCAAGAGCACCGCUUGCAGCUCAUCCUCGUCACUGUCCUCGUCGAGUAGCUCCAACUCGAGCGAGUCAAAGGACACGAACUUUGAGUACGAGGACGAGUGGAAUAUUGGCGGCAUACCAGAGCUGCUGGACGACUUGGACGCGGACAUCGAAAAGUCGGCGGCGCAUUCUUCGGGUGGUGGCAACCAGGCUACCGCGCUAAAUGCCAAGCAGGCAACCAGCUCCUCCACAUCCUCCUCAUCAUCCUCCAAGGGCGGCGCCUCAUCCACAUCGGUAUCGGUGCCAACAGCACAAGCAGCAUCGGUGUCAUCGCACAAGUCACACAAGACCACGUUGCACAGCAACUUGUCGGCCACAUCGCCAACCACAAUUAAGUUCACACGGCAGCCGGUGGCCGGCGGUGGAUCGACCUCCUCCUCCUCAAGCGCAGCCCCCUCUAGCGGCGGCGCUAACGUGGUGGCCAAGGGAUCCUCUUCCUCGUCCUCUUCCUCAUCUUCUUCCUCCUCGUCGUCGUCGUCGUCGUCCUCAUCGUCGUCGUCGACAUCAUCGUCUUCGUCGGGGAAGCACCACCACCACCAUCAUCACCACUCCAACUCGAGCAGCAACAACGGCAGCAGCUCCAAGGGCUACAAGUCCGCUUUGGUGGCCCAACUGAACAGUCCCAGUCCCCUGAACAGCAGUUCCAAGGCCCUGAGCCAGGGAACCGGCAGCGGGAACGGUAACGGAGCAGGAGCCGGCAGCACAUUGUCAUCCUCGACAUUUGCCGGCUUCUCGAAGGGCGGUAGCCUAGUCUCCUCCUCGGCCUCGUCCUCCACCGCAUCUUCGGGCGCGGCAGCAGGAUCCACGGCGACGGCAGGUGGCAGUGGUCAGCAGGGAGCCAAAUUCCCCGCUGGCGGCAUGUCCUCGCAAACAGGCAACUCCAGCAACAACAACAACAACAGCAGCAGCGGCAACAGCGGAAGCGGGAGCGGCAGCAGCUCGUCCGGAAGCAACAGCCUAGGGAGCGGCAGUGGUAGUGGUAGCGGGAGCAACAACAACAACACAACCGCCGGCGGUGCGACGAGUUCGCAAGGCGGCAGCAGCAGCAGCGGCAGCGGUAGCAGCAGCUCCAGCUCCUCCAGUGGCAAAUCGAGCGCAAAGAUGUCCAUUGACCACCAGGCCACGCUCGACAAAGGACUCAAAAUGAAGAUCAAGCGCACCAAGCCGGGCACCAAGAGCUCGGAGGCCAAGCACGAGAUUGUGAAGGCCACCGACCAGCAGCAGAACGGAGCCCUGGGCGCCGGAUCCAACAGCUCGGCCAACGAUGACGGUAGCUCCGGCUCCAGUUCCAACAACACGUCUUCCCUGGCCGCCGGCAACUCGUCGAGCAGCGCCAGCAGUGGCAGCUCCUCCAGCAGCGGCAGCGGGUCCUCGGGGAGCAGCAAGAAGCACCUGAACAACGCCAACGCCAGCAGUGGCUCCUCCUCGGGCGGCGGAGGGCAGAACAAUUCCGGCGGUCAUGCCAGCGGAGGGGGAUCCUCCGGAGGCGGCCAAUCCACGCCGCAGGGCACCAAGCGCGGCAGUUCCGGUCACCGGCGCGAGAAGACCAAGGACAAGAACGCACAUUCCAAUCGCAUGUCCGUGGACAAGUCGGCGGCUGCAGCUUCGGCGGCCGGCGAGAAGGACACGCCGGAGAAGGGCUCGGGAGCCGGAUCCGGGGGAUCACCGUGCUCGUGCAACGGGGAGGUGGGGGCGCCGUGCUCCCACCACGCCUGCAUUCGUCGCGCAGCUCACAUGUCCAACUCCGGCAGCAACUCGAACUCCGGUAGCGGCUCAGGAUCCAACAGCAGCUCCUCCAUGUCAGCGGUGCCCCCGGGGGUGUUUACUCCCUCGGCUGGUUCCCCCUCCGCCGGGUCGCCAUCGGCUGUUGUGCCGGCGGCUGCCUCUUUGUUGGCGGCCGCCGGAGGAGCCGCCUCAGGUGGCUCCCAGCUAGCCAACAGUGGCGCCAGCGGCGUGGGAGGGUCCGGCGGAGGGCCCAAUGCCCCCGGCCCGCCGGGCAAGGACUCCUCCGGCAGCGGCAUCAAAAUCUCCUCACACAUCGCCGCCCAGCUGGCGGCGGCCGCUGCCUCCAACAACAGCUACAGCGGGAGUGGCUCCAACUCGAACCAGGGCCAGAACAGCAACAGUGGCGGCAGCGGCGGAGCCGACAGCAAGGCAGCUGCCGCGGCACAGGCCAAGCUGAUGGCCCCCGGCAUGAUCUCAGCCACCAUGCACCACACAAUCUCGGUGCCGGCCGGCAGCGGAGGCCCUGGCGACGAGGAGACCAAAUCGCCGCCAGCCAAGAGGGCCAAGCAUGAGGCGGGAGCCGGCAGCGGAGCCAGUGGCAAGGAGAUGGUGGACAUCUGCAUCGGCACCUCGGUGGGAACGAUCACCGAGCCGGACUGCUUGGGCCCGUGUGAGCCGGGCACCUCGGUGACCCUCGAGGGCAUCGUGUGGCACGAGACCGAGGGCGGCGUGCUCGUGGUCAACGUGACGUGGCGGGGCAAGACCUACGUGGGCACCCUGCUCGACUGCACCCGCCACGACUGGGCUCCUCCAAGAUUCUGUGAUUCACCAACUGAAGAAUUAGAUUCUCGAACUCCAAAGGGACGCGGCAAGCGCGGACGCAGUGCAGGUCUUACCCCGGACCUUAGCAACUUUACCGAGACCAGAAGUUCGAUUUACUUCUCGCACGCCCAGGUGCACUCCAAGCUGCGCAACGGCGCCACCAAGGGACGCGGCGCGACCCGCAGCGCUUCCGGCAAUGCGGCAGCCAACAGCGGCUCCUCGGGCAACGGGGGCGGGGCCACGCCCAGCACCUCGCCCACAGCCUUCCUGCCGCCGCGGGCGGAGAAGCGCAAGUCCAAGGACGAGGCGCCAUCGCCCCUCAACGGCGACGCUUCAGACGGUGGCGCCGGCUCCGGUGUGGCGGGAGCCGGUGGCGUGAACAUGGUGAACGCCAGCGGCAUCCCCAUCUCGGCCAGCGGCGGUGGCCUGGCCACCCAGCCGCAGAGCCUGCUCAAUCCGGUCACCGGCCUGAAUGUCCAGAUCAGCACCAAGAAAUGUAAGACUGCCUCGCCCUGCGCGAUCUCCCCGGUGCUGCUUGAGUGUCCCGAGCAGGACUGCAGCAAGAAGUACAAGCACGCCAACGGCCUGCGCUACCACCAGUCGCACGCCCACGGAGCCGGCGGCGGAGUCAGCUCCAUGGACGAGGACUCCAUGCAGGCGCCCGAGGAACCAGCCACGCCGCCCUCGCCCGGAGUGGCAGCGGCAGCAGGAUCAGGAUCUGCCCCUACCACUGCAUCGGGAGCAGGAGCAGCUGCCGCCGGCACUUCUCCAGCUGCGGCACCGGUUUCUGCGCCUGUCAGCACUCCAGCCGCUGGUAUCUCUAAUCCCGUAACCAACGGCAGUGCUCCUCCAGCUUCCCCGUCAGUGGCCGCGGCCAGCAACAGUUCUUCCACUGCGGCCGAGACCUCACCCCCACCAGCAAUCGCUGCCCCGCCCCCGGUUACGCCUCCAGCCUCGGCUUCUGGCCUCCCGUCAGCCGGAGGAGAGCCCUCUGCCGCUCCAGUUCUGCCCAUGGGCAGCCUGCCGCUGGCAGGUGCGGCUCCUCCGGUCGCCCAACCCCCUCUGCCGACUCAGCAGCCACAGCUGCUCGCUCCGGCGGGCAGUGCGUCCAGCAAUCCCCAACAGCAGCCGCAGCAACCGCAGCCAGUGGCCGGAGGAAGCAUUACCGCUGGAAUCUCCGGGCAGGCUCUGUCGCAGCACCAGCAGCAGCUGAUGGGCGGACUGCCGGCCAUGUUGUCGGAGCAGCAACAGCAGGCCCUGCUGCAGCAAGGAGCACUGAAAGCCGGAGUCCUCCGCUUUGGGCCACCGGAUGGGGCUCCCCUGCAGCAACAGCAGCCGGGUCAGGCACCUGGCGGCAACCCACAGACACAGCAGUCGCCUCCCCGACCGCCCAGCCACAGCCACAGCCAAGACGGACAGCAGACGCCGACCAGCUACGCCCAGCAGGCGGGGCUGAAGACCUCGCCAGGAUUCGGAUCCGUGGGGGUCGGCGGAUCGGGCACUAAGCAGAAGAAGAACCGCAAGUCGCCCGGACCUGGCGACUUCGAUGGGCGAGUGUCGCGCGAGGAUGUCCAGAGUCCGGCCUACAGUGAUAUAUCCGACGACUCCACCCCGGUGGCCGAGCAGGAGAUGCUGGACAAGUCGGUCGGCCAGGCGGCGGCGGCCAAGCACAUCGAGUUGCUGGGCAAGAAGCCGCCGGAGGUGGGCGUGGGCGUGGGAGUGCCGCCGGCCCCGGCCCCCAACAUGUAUGUGCCGGGAAUGUACCAGUUCUAUCCAGCGCAACAGCAGGCCCCGCCCCAGCCCCCGCAGCAGCCCCAGCCGCAGCCGUACAUGGUGCAGACGGAGCCGGGCAAGCCGCCGGGAAUGCCUCCGGCCCUGACUCCCCAGCAGCAGCAGCAGCUGCAGCCGGGAGCUCCGCCGCCCACGUCGCAGGCGUCCAGCCAUCUGCUCGGGCCGCCUGUCCAGCCGCAGUCCGUGGCCGCCCACCUGGCAGACUACAGUGGCAAGAACAAGGAUCCGCCCCUGGAUCUGAUGACCAAGCCACAGCAGCCGGGACAGCAGCAGCCUCCGCAGCAGCCAGGCCAGCAGCCCGGCCAGCCGGACAACCAGAACAACGGCAAGGAUGGCGGCAGUGGCGGUCCGCCCACCUCGCAGGCAGGAUCUCAGCCGCCGCCAGUUAACCUCAGUGCCGUGGCUGGUCCGCCGCCAGGAGCCCUGCCCCCGGGUCUGGGCGGCAUUUCGGCGCUGGGAGCAGCCGGUCUGGGAGGUCCUGGACCGGGCAAGGGCUUGCCGCACUACUAUCCUUUCAACUUUAUUCCCCCGGCGUAUCCCUACAACGUGGAUCCCAACUUCGGGCCAGUCUCCAUUGUGGCGUCCGAGGAGGCCGCCAAGCUGGCCGGACAUCCUGGCAUGCCACCCAGCUCGCAGGCACAACAGCUGUCGGGAAUCAGCAUCAAGGAGGAGCGCCUUAAGGAGAGCCCCAGUCCACACGACCAGCCCAAGCACAUGCCUCCCCAGCAGCAGCUUCUGGCCAACAAGGUGAUAAAGCAGGAGCCGAUGACCAAGCAGGAGAUCAAGCAGGAGCCCAACCAGAACCCAGGGCCACAGCAUCAGCCGCCCUCGCAACCGGCGGCGCCCCAGCCGCAACAGCCCCAGCCGCCUCCGCCGCAGCCUCAGCAGCCGCACGCCCUCCAUCCCAAGGACCUGCAGGCCCUGGGCGCCUACCCCGCCAUCUACCAGCGCCACUCCAUGAACUUGGCGGCGGUGCAGCAGGCUCGCGACGAGGAGCUGAGAAGGUACUACAUGUUCACGGGUCGCCAGAACCAGGCAGCAGCUGCUGCGGCCGCGGCAGCCCAGAACGCCGCCAACGCUGGAGCGCCGGGCGGAGGACUCCCGCCCCAUCCCGGGCUGCUGCACAAGGACGAGCCCGGCCUGUCCGCCUCUCAGUCCCAGCAGGUGCACCAGCAGCAGCAACAGCAGCAGCAGAUGCAGCUGGCGCAGCAGCAACAGCAGGCUCUCCAGCAACACCACCAGCACCUCCAGCAGCAGCACCAGCAGCAACAGCAACAACAACAGCAGCAACAGCAACAGCAACAGCAACAACAACAGCAGCAGCAGCAGAAGCUGAAGCAGUCGCAGGCGGCAAGUGCGGCGGCCAACAACAAGGCCACCAACCUCACCAAGGACUCGCCCAAGCAGAAGAGCAGCGCCGCCGAGGAGGAGCAGCAGCAACAGCAGCUGAAGGUGAAGCAGGAGGGCCAGAAGCCGACGAUGGAGACGCAAGGACCCCCGCCGCCGCCCACGUCGCAGUACUUCCUCCACCCCUCGUACAUCUCGCCGGCACCCUUCGGCUUCGAUCCCAACCAUCCGAUGUACCGCAACGUGCUGAUGUCCGCCGCCGGGCCGUACAAUGCCGCACCCUACCACCUGCCCAUUCCGCGCUACCACGCCCCCGAAGAUCUCUCGCGCAACACCGGCACCAAGGCACUGGAUGCCCUGCAUCAUGCCGCCAGCCAGUACUACACCACCCACAAGAUCCACGAGCUGAGCGAACGGGCCCUCAAGUCGCCCACCAGCGGCAGCGGCCCCGUCAAGGUGAGCGUCAGCAGUCCCAGCAUCGGCCCGCCCCAACCGGGCGGACCAGUGAGCAGCGGUGGACCCAGCUCCGGCCCGGGACCAGUUUCUGGAGUCCUCGGUCCCGGCAGCGGCCCAAGUCAACCGCCUGGCUCAGCGCCUGGGUCUGCGGGCGGUGUGCCGCUGAACCUACAGCCACCACCCGGAGGAUUGGGCCCAGCGCCCGGCAGCAAACCGGAUCUGUCCGGCCCCAAGGGCCAUGGCGUGCCGUCGGUCGGCUCGGGGCUGGACGGGCACAAGCAGUCACUGUCUGGCGGUCCGCCGCCCAACGGACCAUCUGGCAACGGAGCCGUCGGUGGAGUGGGCGGCGGUGCCGGCAACGGUGCUCCGGGAGGAGGCGGUGCAGGUGCUGCCGACUCGCGAAGUCCGCCGCCCCAGCGUCAUGUCCACACCCACCACCAUACGCACGUAGGACUCGGCUACCCCAUGUACCCGGCGCCCUACGGAGCGGCUGUUUUGGCUAGCCAGCAAGCGGCUGCUGUAGCUGUGAUAAACCCGUUUCCGCCGGGACCGUCGAAAUGAGAACCACUGAACGGCAGCAACGAGAAGAAGGCGUAUAACGUGAAGAACAACUAACGUGGAGCACUUCCGGAUUUACCCCAGAUCGUAGGCCUUGUUCCGCGCUUGGAUUCCAACCUCUUCCCGUCGAGUCCUGUCGUCCUGCCACCUGCGGAAUACUUCCGAUGUUGAUGUUAUUGUUGAAGCUGGAUGGAACACACACAUAGACACACAGAGACACACACAGUCAGAGAUGGACAGACACACACACAGAACCGACUAUUUAUAUGCAUAAGUAUUUUUUUGAGUGUUUCGUUCAACGUGGUUAACUAUAACUAGCCUAAGGUAUCACUACUAUUACCACAUACAACUAUACAUAUAUAAAUAUAUAUAGCAUAACUACA